AUGGAGACUGAUUUCCACGCGGUAAAACUUCACCCAACUGCAGAACCACGCCCUCCACCCCACCAGAUCAGCCCACGGGAACUCCUCACCACGCCCUCCACCCCUCCACAUCAGCCCACGGGAACUCCUCACCACGCCCUCCACCCCUCCACCCACCAGAUCAGCCCACGGGAACUCCUCACCACGCCCUCCACCCCUCCACCCUCCACAUCAGCCCACGGGAACUCCUCACCACGCCCUCCACCCCUCCACCCACCAGAUCAGCCCACGGGAACUCCUCACCACGCCCUCCACCCCUCCACCCUCCACAUCAGCCCACGGGAACUCCUCACCACGCCCUCCACCCACCACAUCAGCCGCAGGAACUCCUCACCACGCCCUCCACCCACCACAUCAGCCCGCGGGAACUCCUCACCACGCCCUCCACCCCUCCACCCACCAGAUCAGCCCACAGGAACUCCUCACCACGCCCUCCACCCACCACAUCAGCCGCAGGAACUCCUCACCACGCCCUCCACCCACCACAUCAGCCCGCGGGAACUCCUCACCACGCCCUCCACCCCUCCACAUCAGCCCACGGGAACUCCUCACCACGCCCUCCACCCCACCAGAUCAGCCCACGGGAACUCCUCACCACGCCCUCCACCCCACCAGAUCAGCCCACGGGAACUCCUCACCACGCCCUCCACCCCUCCACCCACCAGAUCAGCCCACGGGAACUCCUCACCACGCCCUCCACCCCUCCACCCACCAGAUCAGCCCACAGGAACUCCUCACCACGCCCUCCACCCCACCAGAUCAGCCCACGGGAACUCCUCACCACGCCCUCCACCCCUCCACCCACCAGAUCAGCCCACGGGAACUCCUCACCACGCCCUCCACCCCUCCACAUCAGCCCACGGGAACUCCUCACCACGCCCUCCACCCCUCCACCCUCCACAUCAGCCCACGGGAACUCCUCACCACGCCCUCCACCCUCCACAUCAGCCCACGGGAACUCCUCACCACGCCCUCCACCCCUCCACCCUCCACAUCAGCCCGCGGGAACUCCUCACCACGCCCUCCACCCUCCACCCCUCCACAUCAGCCCACGGGAACUCCUCACCACGCCCUCCACCCCUCCACCCUCCACAUCAGCCCACGGGAACUCCUCACCACGCCCUCCACCCCUCCACCCUCCACAUCAGCCCACGGGAACUCCUCACCACGCCCUCCACCCUCCACAUCAGCCCACGGGAACUCCUCACCACGCCCUCCACCCCUCCACCCACCAGAUCAGCCCACGGGAACUCCUCACCACGCCCUCCACCCCUCCACCCAGCAGAUCAGCCCACGGGAACUCCUCACCACGCCCUCCACCCCUCCACCCCACCAGAUCAGCCCACGGGAACUCCUCACCACGCCCUCCACCCCUCCACCCAGCAGAUCAGCCCACGGGAACUCCUCACCACGCCCUCCACCCCUCCACCCCACCAGAUCAGCCCACGGGAACUCCUCACGAAGUCACACACCCCAGCUCCCGAGCCCGCAGGGAAGCCAGGUUCGGCGCCGCGCACAGGCGUGGUGACAGCAGAAGGCCGAGGCGUGUGCCCCGGAGGCCGCCACGCCAUGCGGUCUAGGGGUCACGCGCAGGCUGACACGUGCGGGGACGUCUGGUUCUUACUGGCUAAGUCAAAUGGUGUCGGUGGCGGCCUUCCUCUCGCGGGCACGGUGUGGAGCAGUCUUUGGUCUUUCCGGGUACUCCUCCUGGGGGGGCCAGCGGGACGGGCCCUCGGCCCCCUCCCCUCGCCCUCCCCCCUGCCCGCCUGCCUCUCGCAGAGCAGCAGGCAAAGUGCCAGACUGCGGGAAGCGAUUUGCUCAUCCUUGGAGAGCACAUUUGCACUACCCCAUGAUGCAGGCAUUUAA